UAUAGCAAGCUCCUUCAGUUCUCUCCACACACCGAUCACUUCUCACAGAUUCUUGACCUCGUCGAAUCACUCGGUUCCUUCUUCGACUCGAUCGUAAGCAGCACGUUCAUGAAGCACCAGAGAGCGGCAUCAGAGCAAGCCGUGUCCCUCGCCCUCUCGCUCUCCCUCGGCGCCGUGGCCGCCCGCCACAAGAAGCUCCGCCGCGCCGGUGCCGCCGCGGCCGGAUCAGGCGAGUUCGUCUGCAAGACGUGCAGCCGCUCCUUCCCGACGUUCCAGGCGCUCGGCGGCCACAGGACCAGCCACCUGCGCGGCCGCCACGGGCUCGCGCUAGCCCUCGCCGGAGACCACUACAACGUCAAGCACAAGAAGACCACUUCCACGGACGAUCAGAAGCCGGCGGCAGUACACCAGUGCCAUGUCUGCGGACUUCAGUUCGAGACGGGGCAGGCGCUCGGGGGCCACAUGCGCAGGCACCGCGAGGAGGCCGGCGCCAUGGCGCAGGCGCCGCCACUUCUGCUCCAGCUCUUCGUCUAG